AUGGAGCGCCCCGAGCCCGGUAGCGGCGGCGGCGGCGGAGGGCAGCCGGGGCCCGAGGCGGGCGCGGAGCCGGCGCUGUGCGCGGCGCUGCGGGGCCUGCCGCCCGGGCUGGCGCUGGGGCCGUCGCUGUCCCGGCGGCGGGGCACGGGCGUGUGGUGCGUGGGCCGGGCGCUGCCGGCCGGGGCGCCGCUGGGGCCGCCCGGCGGCUGGGAGAGCCUGGUGAAGCGCAGCCCCGAGGAGGCCGAGGCCAACGUGGCGCUGGCCUGGGCGGGCGGGCGGCUGCAGCUGCGGGCGCGGCGGCACAUCGCGGCGGGCGCCGAGCUGCUCCGCUGGGCCCCGGAGCCCCCCGCAGGCGAUGCUGAUGUCUCCAAGGAUGUACUGGAUGAAACCACAGUCCCCGACAUCCCCAUUGAGGCUAGGAGGCCAGCCCCCAAAUCUGUCCAUAGGCUGCCAGAAGAGGAAAGCACUGCUCCUGAACGUAAGCCAUGGCAAGCCAAAGUGCUACGGACUGAGAAUCAGCACCUCGAGACUGUCUCAAGCGUUAAAGCCAAUGGCCAGUGCAGGCAAGAACUGGACAAGGGUACAGAUCCAAGAUCCACAGCAGAAAAAGUGGAGAUGGGGCAAAAAGAGGCAUGUUCAGGAGAUGUGGAUCUGUCAUUGCCCUCAAGUGGGCAGCUCCACAAGUGCCUUAAGGACUGUGGUACCAGGACAGUUGAGGAAGAACCCCAGCAGCCCAGUCCUUCAGAAGGAGAGGAUAUAGAGACUUGCAGGAAAGAGAGCAAAGUUUCUGAAGACUCCAAGCAGGGAUCCCCAGAGCAUGGGGAAAAGGGCUCACUGGAGCGGCCUGGGGAGCAGGAAGACUGUAUGGAGCUGGCGGAGGGUCAUUCUGGCAGCCCAGGCCCCCCACCAGAUGCCCUGUCCCAGAAGGAGCUGGUCAGGCGCAGGUAUCACUGUGGGGAGUGUGGCAAAGCCUUCCUGCAGCUCUGCCACCUCAAGAAGCAUCGUUUUGUCCAUGCUGGCCACAAGCCUUUCCUGUGCACGGAGUGUGGCAAGAGCUACAGCUCAGAGGAGAGCUUCAAGGCCCAUCUGUUGGCCCACCGGGGCAUGCGGCCUUUUCAGUGCACCCAGUGCGACAAGGCCUACCGCACGAAGCGAGACUUGCAGGAGCACCAGGUCCUGCACACCGGCCAGCGCCCCUUCUCCUGCGAGCACUGUGGCAAGGCCUUUGCGCGCCGGCCCUCUCUGCGCAUCCACAGGAAGAUCCACGCGGCCGCAGCGACCGGCCCGGCUGGUCCCAAGGGAUGCCAGUGUGCCAUCUGUGGGCGCCACCUGGCCAACCCUGGCUCCUUGCGCAACCACAUGCGCCUGCACACGGGGGAGCGCCCUUACGCCUGUCCCUACUGCGGCAAGGACUUCCGACAGCAGAGCAACCUGCGCGAGCACCUCCGGCUGCACACCGGCGAGAAGCCCUACAAGUGCCGCUUCUGCGGCGACGCCUUCCCCAAGCUGCCAGAGCUGCGGCGCCAUCUCAUCUCGCACACGGGCGAGGCCCACCUGUGCACGGUGUGCGGCAAGGCGCUGCGGGACCCCCACACGCUGCGUGCCCACGAGCGCUUGCACACGGGCGAGCGCCCCUUCCGCUGCGAGCAGUGCGGCAAGUCCUACACCCUGGCCACCAAGCUGCGGCGCCACCAGAAGUGCCACCUGGCUGACAAACCCUACAAAUGUGAGCUCUGUGGCAUGGGCUACAACCUUUCCCAGAGCCUUGCACGCCACAUGCUUACCCACAAGGCAGAAAAGGACCCUGAGGAACUGAACACUGCAGUGGCCUCUCUUGCUGUGGACUUACCCCAGGCAGCAAGGAGAAGGCCUCAGAGGAAGAGCCACCAAGAGGAGGAUGUGGCAGAGCCCGCCUUGCUCAUGGUGGAGGUGCCAGAGCCAGAAAAUGAGGCAGAGCUCCUGAUCACAGCCAGUGGUCACUGCAUUGCUGCUUACCAGCCUCAAGGCAGCCCCCCAGGUCCUGAGGCACACGGGAGACCUGCUGAGCAUUUGCCAUCGACAAAGGACGUCAUUGAAAUCACCAUCUCCGAGCACGAGGACAAGUGCCUCAUUGUGCAGGACAAGGGCUCACCAAGUGACGUGGUCAUCAUCCAGGAGGGGGUGGGCUUCGGAGCAGUGGCAGAAGUGGUGGAGGUCGAGACUAGAACCUGACUAUCUCAGCCUGCUCUGGCUCAGCUUCUGUGCAGAAUAUUAAAGUGGCUUUUUUAAAAACAAAAA